AUGGAUGUCUAUCCCCCUCAGCUUCAAUGUUGCAACGACUACCACGAAUAUUUACCCGACCCGAAGGCCAACCGGGGAAUAAACCCAAAUCCUCAACAACAGAGCUGGGACAAUUCUGCCUGGAACUGGUGCACCGACUGCCCCCCUCCCCAGGAAUCCAUACCCCCUUCCCCUGCCAGUAACAUCGCUCAGAGCGUACCGCCCACUCCACAGUUCAAUCCUCUCGCCUCCUUUGUCCAAGAGCCCCAACAACAGCAUCAGUUCCAGCCUCUGCCCUCCCCCUACCUUAACCCCUCUCCUCUCCCCGAAAAAUGCAUGUGGAACAACUGCGAUGCCGCGUUUGCAACCCUCUCCGACCUUGUUGGGCACGUCAACCUCGUCCAUCUUCGACCAUCUGAAAUCCCAGCUCCCCAGCAACAAACACACGUAGCAACAUCAUCGCAGACCCAUGUGGGCACCAAUACCGCGACAUCUACAGACUUUGACAUGUCGUUAUCGUGCCUCUGGGACAGCUGCAGCACCAGUGUGACGCCGCAAAACAUUUCGGGACCAUCGAGCGCUCCAGAGCUAGGAAAUAACCCGUUCUCCGCACUCGAAACCCAUUUGCUUCGGGAUCACCUUGGAUUGAAUCUCGCGCACCUGGCGGCUCUCCGAAACAAGAAGCAAGUGCAGCAGGAACAGGCGCCCUCUCAGCAGGCGCUCUCGCCUCCACUUUCACAGCCCGCUACACAGCCUGUUCAGGAGCAGUAUCAACAACCUGCACCUCCGGCCCCUGAAGAACCCGUCUUCAAUAGACCCAUUAGCAAGCACCCGUCCCCCAGUAGCUCAUCGGACUCCGAAAUUCAUCGCUGUGGUUGGAAAGGUUGCAACGCGGUCUUCACCUCUUGCGACGAAUUGACGUCACAUCUAAACGUUGCUCACGUCGGCAGCGGGAAAGCGCAUUACGAGUGCUUUUGGGAAGGCUGCAACCGCAACGGCGAACAAGGGUUCAGUAGCAAACAAAAAAUAUGUCGACAUUUACAGUCGCAUACGGGACAUCGACCUUUCCAGUGUCAGAUAUGUCAUCAAAACUUUUCAGAAGCGGCGACCUUGCAGCAGCAUAUGCGGCGCCAUACUCGAGAACGUCCCUACGCCUGCGAUUUCCCUGGAUGUGGAAAGGCCUUCGCGAUCAUGGGCGCGCUCACGAUUCACAAACGAAUUCAUAACGGGCUAAAGCCUUUCAAGUGCAAAUACUGCGACAAGGCUUUCAGUGAAUCAUCUAAUCUUUCAAAACAUCUUCGCGUGCAUACCGGUGCACGUCCUUAUAGUUGCACCGAACCCGGGUGUGGAAAGUCGUUUGCUCGCCCAGACCAACUGAACCGACAUAUGGGUGUUCACCGGAAAAAUGCAGACGCAGCGCGUGCUAUCCCUGCUCAAUAG